AUGGUCCGGGGAAGGAAGUCUGUAUUAGUUUUAGAGUGCUUCUUAUUGAUGAGAAUUGACAUAGUUGAGAUUGAGAAAGAGGUGAAAGAAGAGGCUGAGAAGGCAGCGUUAGCAUGGAGAAAGAGGUUGAUAGCUGAAGGAGGUGUAGGAAAGGCUUAUGAAAUGGAUGCGCGGGGUUUGCUAUUGCUUAUGGGAUGUUUUGGGAUUCCAGGAGGAUUCAGACAUGAGGAUAUCAGGGAUUUGCUUCAGAUAAGUCACAUCAGCAAGGUUUCUCGUGCACUCAGGAGAUCAAAUGUCCUCAUGGCUAAGAUUCCAGAUGCAUUUCUUGGUAAGUAUUAG